AUGAUCAUUUGUAAACCAACUCAAUUAGAAUCGGAUCAUCUUCAUGAUCAAGAACUUAUAGCUGGUCAAAAUUAUUUACGUUUACAUCCAAUCUCUGAUACUGUAUUCUUUAUAUUUACAAAAGGUAUAUUGGAUUAUGAAACGAAUCCACGUGUUUCAUUAUUAAUUGAUUGUUAUGAUUUAGCUAAUAUAGAAUCAUUUGAUCAAGUUAAUUUCACUAUACAACAUAUUCAACAAAUGGAUCCAUUCAUACAAUCAUAUUCAUUUCGUAUAACAGUUGCUAUAUCUGAUCAAAAUGAUAAUCUACCUAUAUUUAAACAAUCAAAAUAUUAUAUUACAAUACCAGAACAUUUACCAGAUGAUUCAUAUAUUACUGAAAUGAAAGCAUAUGAUUUAGAUAGUGGUCAAUAUGGACAAUUAACAUAUCAAUUAAAUUCAAUUACAUUCAAUUAUAUUGAUGACGAUCAUGAUCAAGGUGAUGAUCAUGACGAUCAUGAUCAUGAUCAUGAUGAUGAAGAUCUUCUAGAACAUUCAAAACAUUCAAGAUAUCCAAGCCAACAUGAACAACCAUUUCAAAUUCAUCCAAUCACUGAUCGUGAACUAAUUGAAUAUUUCUAUUUAUUGAUUUCAGCAAUAGAUAAAGGGAAUUUAACAACUAAAACACAAUUAAUUAUACAAUUAUUAGAUGUGAAUGAUCAUUUACCAAUAUUACAUAAUCCUAUCAAUAUUGAUUUUCAAGAAAAUCAAAAAAUCAAUACUUUUAUUGAUUUUAUACAUUUAAUGGAUUUAGAUAAAGAUUCUAAAAAUUCACGUAUCCAUUUAUUAUUAAAUAAUAAUCAAUAUCAAUCAAUCAAUCAUCCAUCAAUCAAUCAUCCAUCAAUCAAUCAUCGAUUAAUCAAUAACCAAUCAAUCAAUCAUCCAUAUGAUAAUUAUAUAAAAAUUAUACCAGAUAUAAAUUUUCAUUAUAAAGAAAUGAAUCAAAAUGAAUUAAUAAAUGAAUAUGAAUUAAAAGCAAAACUGAUUAGUCAAUUGAUAAUAGAUCGUGAAAAAUCAAUAAAAUAUGAAAAUGAUAAUAUACCAAUAUGUAUUUAUCCACAUUAUAAUAGUAUUAUUGGUUAUGAUGAUCAAGAUCUAGAUCAAGAUCAUGAUCCAGAUCCAAAUCCAAAUCAGGAUCAUCCAAUAAUGAUUUAUACAAAUACACCAAUUUAUACAUUGAUAUUACAAAUAAAAGGUUAUGAUCCAGAUCAUCAUUUAAAUGGUACUAUAUUAUAUCAAUUAAAUCAAUUUACUAAUGGUAGUCCAUAUUUUUAUUUAAAUGAAUCUAAUGGUAAAUUAUAUACGAAUUGGUUAAUUGAUAAUUUAUAUGAUUCAUAUCAUAUGGAUACUAAUCCAUCACACCAUCCACCUAUAGAUGGAAUAUAUCAGAUUAAGAUCCUACUAAAAGAUAUGGGUAUACCAUCUUUAUCAAAUGAAACACAAUUUUUUAUAAAAAUUCAUUCAUUUCAUAUCAAUCAAUCAAUAAUCCAUAAUCAAUCAAUCAAUUGGAAUCAAACAUUUACAUUUUGGUUAUCUAAUCAUCAUCAUCAUCAUCAUCAAUUUUUAUUGAUUAUAUCGAUUAUUUCACUUAUAUUAUUGAUUAUGAUAAUAAGUAGUAUCAUCAUAUGGAUCAAAUCAUCUUGUAAUGAAAAAUUUAGUCCUAUUAAUAAAACAGAAUGUAAUCCAAUUAUCAUAACAACAAAGAGAACAAAAGAUCAAUCACUAAGGAAACUAUAUUGGAUUAAUUGUUUAUCAACUAAUAAAAAAUAUCAAUAUUCAUCGAAAAUCGAUAAUAAUAAUAAUAAUACGAAUAAUAAUAAUCGAUUAAAUUGGCCAGUGACAAAUAUAAUUCAUCAAUCAAUAAAUGAUCGAAAUAUAUAUUCUACUCAUGAUUCAAUCAAUGAUAAUCUGAAUGUUAAUACUACUACUAAUACUACUAUUAUUACUACUAAUCAAGAUCUGUUUAGUUACGCAAAUCAUUUACAUACAACUCCCAUCUGUUCAUUCCCAUUCCCAUAUGAUACUAGUAACCAUAGCAACAACAAGAACAACAAUAAUGAUGAUUAUGAUGAUCAUCAAUCUAUAAGACAAAAAGUAACUUCAUCAUUAGAUUCAUCAAAUCUGAAUUAUUCUAUAUAUAAUAAUAAUAAUAUUAAUAAUAAUAAUGAAACAUUUAUCAAUGAUCAUUUUAAUAAUGAUGUAUAUAAACAAUCCUCAUAUCAUAGAACAUUUGGAAAUUCUAUUAUUUAUUCAGGAUAUACUAAUUCAUAUUUAUCUUCUACACAUGAUGUUAAUGAUUAUGAUUCAUGUAAGUGA